AUGUCAUCUUCCAAACGACCUAACAAAGAAAAAACACCAGUUAGAAAUAUCAACACCCCAGUACCUUCGUUUGAUCAACCGAUUUUCUCACCUCCGUAUUACCACUACGGCGAAACUCAGCCCAUUCGAGCAGCGACUAAAAGAAAAGAGAAGGCGGAGGCUAGAUGUUGGGAACCUUUGGAAGCGUUGGUGUUGACACAAUCUUGGAUCGAUAUUUCAGAAUACGCGACGGUUGGAAAAGACCAAAAGCAUGACAGCUUUUGGAUUCGCGUUUUACACAGGUUCCAUAAAGGAAUGAACCGUGGAGAAUACCGUUCAAAACAUCAAGUGUACUCCAAAUGGGGGAAGAUGAACAAGGAAGUCAUGUUGUUUAAUGACUUGUGGAAUAACAUGAAACGUCAAUGGAAAAGUGGAGAAAGUGAUGAAGUCAUUUUGAAGAAAGCCUUGAAAGUGUAUCAAAAAGAAAAUCUGAAGGCUUUCAAGUUUCUUGAAGUUUGGAAUUUUUUGAAAGAUAACAGGAAAUGGCUGAGUAGCAAAACAUCUGACCAACAUAUCGACAGUGGGUCAAAACGCAGCAGAACAUCUGAGUCCGACCACACUACAUCAGAUGCUCGUGUUCAAUUUGAUCUGAACGAAGAUGAACAUGUUCCAGUUUCACCACCUUCCCGACCAUUGGGAAGAGACAAAUCAAAAAGCAAAGGCAAAGGCAAAGCGUCGGAUUCAGAUGAUUUGAAAGAAAUGGGAACUGACAUGAAGGAUAUAAAAGAGAGAAUGAACAAGAUUUUGAAAAUUGCUUCUGAAAGAGAGCUUCGGAAACAAAGGGAGAGCGACAUGCGAAUACUAGCAAUGGACACGUCGAAUAUGACCGGGGCCGAGCUUGAAGUGGUUUUGGCGAUGAAGGAGGAAGUGAAAAACCGUUACAUGAAUCGUGGCUAA